AAAUUUUCAUAAGGAAUGAGGAAAAUUUAUAAUUUAUCUUAAAAAUCAUUGUAAACAGUUAAAACUGUUAGCAGGACUGGAAUAGCACUUGCAGUUUAAUGGUAAAUUUUGGACUUAAUGGAGAUGUAUUUUAUGUUGGAUGUUGGAUAUGUGAUUGUAAAACUCUGACCUGAAAACCAAAAAAACAUUUUUUUUAAUGUGAAAUGUUCACACAAAAAAUUAAGGGUUUGGGUUUUUUUAAAAAAACCGCGACAAAAACAAAACCGGCAGCCCGCCGCUGACACGUGCUCCGCCGCUAAGAAGCUGGGAGCGGUACUGAGCAUGCGCGAGCGCGGCGGCGGCGGUUAAACAGCCGCCUCAGUUCUGGAGCACGCGGAAAGGAAAACGUAAGUUAACCGCCGCGGGGAGGAGACGGAGUAGGGGCGGGUUGAGACGAGAGGUAUAGAUAAAGCGUGUAAAUCUCUUUGAUGUAGUUGAAAAAGUCGUUGAAGAAAGAAAAUGUUUGAAGUGUUUAUAUUGAAGAUUGAAAAUCCAUGGUGCUUUUGGGGCUACAUAAAAGGAGGUGGAAGCAUUGUAGAAAACGAAAUGGAAUAUAAAAAACUUCAAUCUGAAAUGAAUCUGUUCUAUAAUAAAUUCCACAGAUAUGUGGAUGAUAUCAAGCCAUCUGUAUUGGAAAAGGGCCAGGUUUGUGCUGUUUAUUGUCAGGAAAUGAAAUCCUGGUGCAGAGCUGUUGUUAAAUCAAUCAUAUCAUGUACAGAUUAUUACCUUGCUGAGUGUUUCCUUGUGGAUUAUGCCAAGAGUGUUCCUGUGAAAACAGACCGGAUUUGUGUUGCCUUGGAAUCAUUUAUGAGAUUACCCUACAGAGCAAUGAAAUUUAGACUGUAUGGUACAAAACCGGCCACACUUCGUGUCAACUACUAUAACGACAAAGCCAAGAUAGUCCCUGCUAACCGCUGGGAUAUAGCAGCUAUCCACUACUUCCAAAAUCUCCUGAAUGCAACCACCAAGGUGGAGGCCAAGUUAUGUGCUGUUGAAGAAGACAGUUUUGAUGUUGAUCUCUAUGUCACAAUAAAGGAAGAAAAGAUAUGUGUGAAUGACGAUCUUCUUGCCAAAAAAUUUGCUUUCUAUGAGGCACCGAAGAGUACAACAAUUAGUGCUGUGGAAGACCAGAAGAGAGAAACGCCAUUAAGCCUUGAGCCUCUUUCAGAGGAGAUCAAUCCUGCACUUGUUCUGUGGCCAAUGUUGUUGCAAGCCAAGGAAACAAAGGCUUUUGAAACUUGUGCUUCUGCUUCUGAUGAUGUUAAAAAAACAACUUGCAAUAAUUUGCAGGAAACUGAUUUAGCCAGUGAAGAAACAGAGCCAGCUGUAAUGGUGCCGGUUCCUCCUUUAAAACAAGGCAUAACUGUUUCCUUGCAGGCGGAUAUACAAACAGACAGCACCUUAUGUAAGGAAACUACUAAAACACAAGAAAUGGAGAAAGAUCUUUAUGAGAAAAAUAUUGGUGUGAAGCUUCUACAAUUUUUAAAUCCUUUGAAAGCUGUUGAUGGACAAGAUGAGACCGAGAAGCUGCAGAUGAAUACCAGUGCAUUCCGCCCUGCUGUCCUUAAUAAAAAUAUAGAACCGUGUUUAUCUCUUGAAACAGCACCACUGUUUCCAACUCUGAAAAAGGAACUUCUAAGGAAUCAGUUCCCAGGACCUAAUCAUGUACAGUCUUAUUCGUGGCCACCAAUAGCUCGCGGAUGUGAUUCAGUUAUUAUCUCUCCUGAAAAUGAUCCACUUCUAUAUCUUCUGCCAAUUAUUACGUUUUUGCAGUCAAGAAGUUGCUAUGUAUCACUGCCAGCUCGGAGUGGUCCAGUUGCAUUAAUCCUGUGCCCAGGACAGAAGAAAGCAGAACUGGUGUUUGAGUUUCUGGAAACUUACAGCCGUUGUUCCAGGCCUAUUCACCCAAUAUUGCUCUUACUGGGAACAAAUAAGGAAGAAAUACAGAGCAUAAGAAUUCCAAGAGGAUGUGAGGUCCUUAUAACAACCCCAUAUACCCUUCUGAGGUUGCUUGAAUAUCACAGCUUACUGUUCCUCAGGCUCUGCCAUCUUGUGCUUGAUGAAAUUGAUGUGUUGUUUGCUGAAGCCAACAUAGAAAUAUUUCGUAUUCUAGAAUAUUACAAAACAGCCUUGAACGUUGAAGAGAAAGAAUCUGCACCUCAGCAGAUCGUUGCUAUCGGAAGGCACUGGAGCAAAAACAUAGAACACUUAACCAAAGAGUUCAUGAAUGAUCCGUAUGUUGUGAUCACAUCCAUGGAAGAAGCUGCCAUAUAUGGCAAAGUGCAACAGGUGGUGCAGCUUUGCCUUGAGUGUGACAGAAUAUCUACUUUACUCCAGUCAUUGGACUUUACUCCUACUAAUGUUCAGAAAACAUUGAUUUUCACCAGUUCCGUAGAAGAAACAGAUAUAAUUUACAAGGCAGUGGAGAGCACUUCAAUAUUUUGUUUGAAAAUGCACCCAGACAUUGGAUUUCAUUUUGAUUAUGUUUUAGAGCAAUGGAAGAAAAAAUUUAGCUCUGGCACACAUGUUGUACUAGUUUUAACUGAUGACUGCAUAAGAACCUUAGGAAUUACUGAUGCAACUCGGGUCGUUCAUUUCAGUUUUCCUGCAUCUCCAAGAAUUUUCGGUGCACGCUUAUACAGUUUGUCUGAUAACUUCCAAAACUCAGUUGGAAAGAUUUCGUCUCUGGAAAAAGAACAGCCAAAUGCAAAAUCCAUCUUGCUGUUGACAGAAAAGAGUGCACCCCAUGCUGUUGGAGUAAUGCAUUAUUUAAAACGCACAGAAACCAACAUUCCACCUGAAUUAUGCAAUUUUACAUCUGGAGUGCUGGAGGCCAAAGAAGACAGAAAGAAAGGAAGACCUCUCUGUCGCUACCUUAAAGCAUAUGGAGUUUGCAAGGAUAAGAAACGCUGUCCAGAUCGACAUCGAGUUAGUUUACAAAUAGAUGUGCUACAAAAGGUAACAAAUGAAACUUUGCCUGCAACUGGAAAUGUAACGAUCCUCCCUCUUUUUAUUGUGGAUGCCACAAACUACUUUGGCCGCAUUGUCAGUAAACAGAAAGAUCCAUAUGCAGCUCUUGCAGAUGAAGUGAAUGCAUUUUAUAAAAAAGCUAAGAAUCUUGUCCCUGCUGACCCAUUGGAGAAGCUAGCAGUGUAUGGAUUACGUGAAGAAAACACUUUCCACAGGGUCCAGGUGCUUGAAGUACCACCCAAGGGAGAAAACUCUGUAUUUUAUAGUGUUCAUAUCAAGUAUAUAGAUGAAGGCAGAUUUGGUCAAGUUCAAAAUUAUAAAUUGCUUUACUUACCUGAACAAUUCCAAGCUUUGCCCCCUCAAGCAGUGGAAUUUAUUGUUUGUCGAGUUAAACCCAUUGAUAAUGAAGUGGAGUGGAAUCCAAAAGUUACGAGAUACAUUAAUCAGAUGAUCAGAGGGAAACCUCAUGAAGCAAAAAUAGUACUUGCUUUGGGAAACACAAUUUGGGUGGAUCCAGUGGUUCGUGUCACCAGACUUCUAGAUCUGAAAACGUCUAUUAAUGAAUACAAUAUUCGUUCUAAGAUCCUGUCUACUGGAAUGGGAACUGACAACCCAGAACACAUAAGUGAACUCCAGAAGUUAUACAGAGAUGCUGAAACUGUUCAAGAGGAAAAGGAAUUACCUGCAUUGAUACAUCCACUGAAGUGUGGGGUUAGUGAGCAGGCCACAUCUCCUUCACAAAGCAUCUUGGACCAGGCUACUCUCAAUUCACAGGCCUCCAAAGAACAAGCCGUAUCCAAUGUGCAGAAUGAUGAGCAAGAGGGUGAUGUUAUUACAAAUCAGAGUUUUUCUCAAGAAACUUUACAAAAUCAUCAUGACGAAAUGACUGCAGCUAAGAAAGCAGAUGAAUGUCUACAGCCAUCUCAUGAAUGUCCAACCACAGCAGUUAACCAGAUGCUCCCGAGAAGCUCACAAGAAGGGCCCAAUGGAGAAAGCCAUCCUCAGCUUUCCCAAGCAUCUGCUAAUCGGAGCUUCUAUCCAUCAAUAAAAUGGUUUGAAAAGCAGGAUGUUGUUGUUCUGAAGAUAAAAUUACAAAAUAUUACCAGCUACGACUGCAAGUUUUUCUCCCAGAGGAUCAUUUUCAGUGCUUCUGUAGAAGACAGAUUUUAUUUGGCUGAUAUGGAGCUGCAGAAAAAUAUCAUCAAAGAAAAAUCAGCUUGUGACCUUAAGAAUGGCGAACCUGUCAUUACCCUUGCAAAAGAGAAGGCUGAACCUUGGUGCAACUUGCUGAAGCACAAAAAUCCCCACGUCUCCUUUGAUUUUGAUUACUUGGAUUAUUCUGAAGAAAGAAGUCCCUUUUCUGCUGCAGGCACAGGUCCCAAGAAAGUGCACCUGGUUUCUACAGAGGAGGAAGAGGAGGAGGACUCCUCGGAUGACAGUGACACCGAGAGUGAUUUGUCCAUCUAUUAAUUCUGGUUUGGAAAUGGGGAUUAAGAACUCGGCUGUCACAUGAGAACCCGCAGCUUGGGUGGCAUUUCCAUAAUGAAAGCAUUUUAGCUUUUUGAACAUCAGGAAAAGUUCUAAUUUUUGACCAUGAUUUUGAAGAGGGUUGUCACGGUGGGAGGGUGGGAUGUUUGCUCUUCGACUUAACUGCCAUAGACUGAUCACAUGUACAAUUGAUUUCAGUGAGUUUUAAUUCAAGGUACAUUUGCUCUGAGUAGAAGAGUUGUGGUGUUUUUUGCUAAGUACCUAACCAUGAAACCAAUGGAGGGAGGUGAAAAUCCUCUCUCUCUCUCUCUCUCUCUCUCUCUCUCUGGCUAUUCUUGGAGCCUGUUUCAAAAAAAAAGCACAGCUUCUGGCCUUUUUCUCACAAAACAAAUUAUUUAGAUAUUUAGACAAAAGGAGUUAAGAGUAGAAACAGUCUGCUGUACUGCUAGAGACAGGUGUUCAAUCUAGCAUAAUAUUUAGUUCUGAUCCUAAUUUCUUUAAGAAAAUGUAGCCAUCGAAACCAGUUUAAUACUGGUGAUGUACUAAAUGUACCCUUUGUUAGCUGUACCUUAAGGUGUAAAACUAUAAGAUGCUGACUGAUCUGUACAGAAAAUAUUUUUGUUUUCAGAAUAUGAGAACUAAUUUGAAAGGUUAAAGUACUUGAUUAGAAAACUAUUUCUAGUUCUUUGAUCAUUUGAUCAGUUUGUUUUGUGUGGAAUUGUUUGGACCAACACAGCUGAUGCUAAUUUUUCCUGAUCUAAUAUGGUAGAUAAUAAAAGUUAACUUAUAUUAUAGCACUCCCUUGAACAUCAGUAUUCAAAAUGGUUAGUUACUAGACACUUUGUUCAAUUGCUCUGUUUCUGUACGUUAUUAUGUUGGCACAAAGAGCUGUGGGUAUGUGUAGGAAGAAUUAGAGAUGGCCUUAGAAUCAAAGGGUAUAUCUGGAUCCAGGAGCUGUGAAGGGCAGGUAGAGCCACUUAAUCAGAAGAACUAAAAAUUAUCAUAAAGUACUGCUACAAUAAAUACAGCUUUCCCUACCUGUUCACAUAGCAGUAUAACAACAAAAAGUAAAGUGAAGGAAUCCCAAAUGACUGUCUGAUGUCAGAUGCACAGGCAUAAUUAUAUAUGAUAGUCCCUUUGAUAUACUUAUUAUUAAAUUUAUAUGCUGCCCUUCAUCUGAAGAUCACAAGACAGUAUGCUUAACAAAAUAAUUGCUCUGUUGACAGUAUUGGAUAAAUAGUAGCUUUUAAGAUGCUAUAGUCUAUAUCCUCCAAUGAGGAGCAGCAUUCUGUCACUGAAUUGACAGUCUCUCUGGAAGCUGCCGGUAUUAGUUGCAAUGGUUCUAACAUGCCCUCUGGUGCCUGCGUCCUAAUUUCUAAAUCCCCCUACUUUUUCCAGUUAAAUAUUCCCACUCCACAUUGUCAAAUGUGUAACAGUACAGUGCAACAACAGUUUACUCUAUAACAUGAAUAUGGCAGUAAUUGUUGAGCUUUCAGUGUUUCACAUAAUUGACCCAAAUGACAUUAUAACAGUUGGACAUCUCUGUAUAUCAUAUAUGCAAUUAGAUCAGAAGUAUUUGGCUUAAAGUUGGAUGUUGUGAUAAACCCUUCUUAAGGCCAUAAUCCUAUGCAUGUAGUAGAAAAAAGUUCCAUUGAGUUCAAUGGGGCAUACUCCCAGGUAAGCAGAUAGAGGAUUGCAGCCUUAUUCGGGAGCUGAACUCAAGUAGGACCUGCUUCCAGCUAAAUGUGCAUAGAGCUGCACUGCCAGUGUUUUUCUCAGAGUUUGGCCUUUGCAACCUCCAAGACUGAUUUUCAUUUAUACAAACUGUGUCAAAGAAAUUGCAGGGAAGGGCUGUUUAACCCCUUUGUCUCUGGCAAUUUUUUGCAACAAACAUGUAUCUUCUGUAGGUAAAAGCAGGAUGUCAGGAAAGAAAUUUGAAUGGGUGGGGGAAACAAGCUCCUCCUGUUUAUGUUUCCCUGCCAGUCCACCUAUCCAAUGUGGAACCUUCCUGCUGCUUUUAUUUUGAAAAUUAAGAAACUAGUGGUUUCAUCUGCCAUGUAAAAUUUUGUUUGACUUUUAGCAUAGCACCAGGGGCAACACAGCCCUGCAGUUUCUCAGAACCCUCAUACAGUGAGUUCUAAUGGAAAGAAUAAUAUAGUGAUUGGUGAUGGUUUAAGUACUAGGCAUUUCAUAUGAAUA